AUGCCGUCUACGACUAAGACGUCGGGUCCCAGCAAGGACAAGGACCGCCGAAAGUCAACGGGCAAGUCAUCGGCCCUUGUCACUCUACGAGUGGCCCCCGACAAGCUACGCAGACUGCUUGAUCCAUCGUCGGUCAAGGAGGAGUCGCCCGUCAAGGAGGAGUCGCCCGUCAAGGAGUCACCUGCUACAUCGAGUACCCUUCCGAACGAGACCACUGUUACCGCAUCGAAUGGUGAUAAUGCCACCCCGUCGAGUCCGGGUACACCAGCCGCCAGCGGCACCCCGUCGCAAGUGCCGAUGGGGCCCCCGGGCGAAGCUCCCAAGAAGAAGGGUGUGAAGCGAAGUGCAGCCGGAGCAAAUGGCAAUGACCCGACAGCUAAGAUCAGAGGCAAGCCGGGUCCUAAGAAGAAGCCCAGACUGGAGGAUGGUACCAUCGAUCCUACAGGGCGAGGCAAUGGAGGUACAUAUCACAAGCUUGGACCGAAAGCGAACCAGGGAGCCAUCAAUGCGGGCCUCCGCGCCCUCGACCGAUCUGGCGCCCCUUGUCGCAAAUGGGGCAAAGGCGGGUUCAGGGUGAAAAGCUUCACUGGUGUCAUGUGGGAGGUCCCUCGUUGGACCGCACCCCCGAGAUCGAAGCCGGAAACCCCCACUGAAGAAUCGGCUGCUUCUGCCGAGAGUAGCAACAAGGAAAACAAGGAAGGCAGCCAGAAGCCGAGCGAGAACAACAGCAACAGCAACGUCGAAAAUGAACAACGUAGCCUGCCGCCCAGUGUCAGCGCCAGCUCACCGGUCCCCAUGCCUGUUGCCGCUGCUUCAUAA